UGUUGAUGCGCUCCCUUACACUUCAAUCAAUCAAGCUAGUUAUGUAAUCAACCAGCCCUGUCACCGUUCUCUGAAGCUCUCUCCCUUGUUCCUAGAGCAGUGCGAACACUUCGGUGGUUGCAUGGUCUACCGUGACCAUCUCCCUUCUUUGCCGCUUCCAAUCAGGGUCAGAGGCGUGUAUGUCACAUUUCUUUGUACAACCCGAGAACAAUAGGCACCAUUGUUCAUUGUUCUCAAUCCAUGCACAUGCCGUCUGUCAUCGCUUUUGUGAACUAUAAGAGUGUUCGAGCGACAACGUGCCCCUUCACUACUUUCUAGAUUCUUCCUCUUACGCCCGACACUCACUCGCUCCCGGUCGAGCCUUUCACGACUGUUCUGUCUUUUCUUACGACUCUCGACGUCCACACGUUUCAACUCCCACACAACCACUUAAUACUCACCUGCACGCCUUAACGCAAUGCUUCUUACCUCUAUUCUGAGCGUCGCUCUUCUACUUUUUACUCCCGCGGAAACACGACCGCUUCGCACGCGCCAGGCCGCAACCGAGGGACUGAUUUCGGUUCCUUUGCGCCGCGUGGAACGGAAUCCGAGCCUGCAUCCUGAGAUCCGGCAUCAAAUUGACCUGAACCAUGCGACGCGCAUUGCUGCUAGAGCCGCAGGUCUUCCUAACCCCCCGCAACACGAGCUGCUGGCCAACCUUCAUCGCCGCGCAGAGCACAUCCAGGCCCAACGCAAACGCUACAGCGUCCUCCCGGCCGGAUUUGACGGGUCCGUCCCCGAAUUCAGCUCAGGUGCAGGGAACCAGCUGGUGGCGGCCCAAUCCUUCCAACCUGCUUCGAAUACGCCUGCCGUCCUGACCAAUGACUCUUCAGAGGUCGAUUCCGAUGGCGCCGACACAUCCUUUGUGAUGAUCUUGUCCAUCGGCAGUCCCUCGCAAGACUACAAGGUUAUCGUCGAUUCUGGAUCGUCGGUUCUCUGGUUGAAGUCGGGCAACCAUUGUGUUUCACAGGACAAUCAGGGAAACCCCCAGGGCUGCGGCAACCACAAAUUCCUCGAUUCCUCGACAUCUAGCAGCCUCAUCUCACUUAACGAUCCGUUCAACAUCGUCUACGGCUCUGGCUCCGCGAGCGGUUCCCUUGUCAACGACACUGUGGUGUUCGGUGGAAUACUUUUGAGCAACUACACUUUCGGACUGGCGGACAAGAUCAGCAACUCCUUUGCAUCGGACGCUGUAGCUGACGGGCUGAUGGGAACAGCCAAAUCUGUGAGUUCUUUGGCACGCUUGAGAUGCACGAGCUCAUAUGAGUGUCAGGGACUGGUGGCCUCCGCAGUGGCCGAUCCGACCAAGCUACCGACGCCCAUCGAGGCGUUGGUCAAUUCCGGCACGAUCUCUCAGGGUAUCGCGUCUUACGCUCUUCCGCGGUUGGUGGAUGAUCCCAAUGGCGGCGAAAUCACUUUCGGCGGCAUGGAUCCCAGCAAAUUCGACGCCAGCACAGCCGUCACCGUCAAAUCCUCCGAUACCUCUGCUUUCUGGGUCGCUCAGAUGGAUGGGGUGACGGUGAACGGCGCGACGAUCUCCCUCAGCCACAGCGCCGCCAUUCUGGACACGGGCACGACGAUCGCGGUGUUCCCGACGGCCGACGCCGCUGCGAUCCAUGCGCAGAUCCCAGGCGCUGUGUUCAGCGAGGCCACCGGGUCGGGGACUAUCCCGUGCAACACGACUGCGUCUGUAGCGGUCCAAUUCGGGGGCAAGUCGUUCCCGAUCGACGCCAAGGACCUGCUCUUUGCGUCGUUCGGCAAGAAGACUGGCGACUGCACCUCGGGGAUCGGCGGCUUCAACCAAACGCAAGCGCUCCUUGGCGGCACGUUCCUCAAGAGCGUGUACAUGUCCACCAACAUCGACGACAAUUCCAUCACACUCGCUCAGCGGAUUUAACAUCCGCGGACUUUCUGACGACUUUUACGGACUUUCUUUUGCCUCAUGGACCACGCAUUUGUAGCUAGACGCAAUCUUUAAUCCUGUAUUGUUAGCACCUAAUUGAAUUAGUGUAUCGUUUCCCUCA